AUGAAACAUCCCCCCGUGAUUCUCAUGCACGGAUUGCUGAUGAGCUCAGAUACGUGGUUCGAUGCGGGCCCUGAAUCAAGUCUAGCCUAUCUUCUUUCUGACGAAUGUUUCGACAUAUGGCUGGGCAAUUUUCGAGGGAACUUCUAUGGAAGGAGGCACAUUAAGCUAAAUCCCGACGAAGAUUCAGAAUUCUGGAAUUUUUCAGUUGAUGAAAUGGACAUGUACGAUAUUCCAGCGAUAGUAGACUAUGUGAUUAAGUACACUGGUGUGAAAAAGGUGAAUUAUAUCGGAUAUUCUUAA